UGCAUUACCUCAGCACCAGAGAAAGCGCCGUUUGCUUUUCCUCGCUGCAAGAGCCACAAUGAUCCUGCUGUAUCUCCUCACCGUGCAAGUUUUGCAGUUAGCCGAGGCUGUUGAAUUCUCUGCUGGCUCUUGUGCCUUUGAAGACAGCACUUGCGGCUAUGAAUCAGACCUCACAUCCAUGCCAUGGGUUUUGAACGAGGAAGGUCAUUACAUUUCUGUGGACACCUCACAGGGAACACAUGGCGACACGGCUGCAUUGCUUAGUCCUGAACUCUAUACAGAAGAGUGGAGCUGUAUUAGACUUAUAUAUCAGAUUGCAGCAUCUUCAGAGUUGCCAAUAGAUCCUACUACCUUAAAUCUGUACCUUAGGGUAGAAGGUGAAAGCUUUGAUCAGUUGCUUUGGACAACAACAGAACGCUCAGAGAGCUGGCUUAUAGCCAGUCUAGAUAUAAGAAACAGUACAAACAAAUACAAGAUUAUACUAGAAGGUGUAUUGGGAAGAGAUAUUUUUGCCAGCAUAGCAAUUUUUGAAAUUAGAAUAACUACUGGCUACUGUAUAGAAUGUAAUUUUGAGGAAAAUCAUCUGUGUGGUUUUAUGAACCGCUGGAACCCCAACGUGAACUGGUUUGUUGGUGGAGGAAACAUGGGAAAUUCGCAAUCCAUCCUUCCAAGAGAUCACACUCUUAACAGUGAAUUUGGUCACUACAUGUAUGUGGACUCCCUCUAUGUGAAGCAUUUCCAAGAAGUGGCUCAGCUAGUCUCACCUAGAACAACAACCCCUCUAUCCGGCUGUUUGUCCUUCUAUUACCAAGUACAGCAGGAAAGUGGCAUUGUUUUCACCAUCUACAUGAGAGAUUUUAAUGGCUUUUAUGAAGAGCUUUGGAAAGCAGAUAGUCCCAUGAGUAAUGACUGGGUUUUAGGAGAAGCUGAAUUCAGUGCACCAUACCCAAUGGAGGUUAUUUUUGAAGUUGCUUUCAACAGUGCCAGAGGGGGAUAUAUUGCUGUUGAUGACAUUUCUUUCUCUCCAGUUUUCUGCAGCAAUCAGACAGAAAAUUCCUUCAGUCCCACACUGGCAAGUUGCAAUUUUGAAGAGGAUUUUUGCAAUUUUUAUCAGGAUCACAAGGAUGGCCCUGGCUGGAGCAGGGUAAAAGUAAAGCCUAAUGCAUACAGACCAGGAGACCAUACUACUGGCAUGGGUUACUACUUGCUGGCAAACACAAAGUUUACAUCGCAGCCUGGGUACAUUGGCCGUUUAUACAGCCUCACUCUGCCAGGAAAUUUACAGUAUUGUCUGCGGUUUUAUUAUGCCUUAUAUGGCUUUUUUGAAAUGCGUGAUACCCUGGCUGUUUACAUCUUUGAAGAGAACCAUGUGGUUCAAGAAAAAAUCUGGUCUGUCUUGGAUACUCCCAGAGGUGUCUGGACUCAAGCUGAAAUCACCUUCAAAAAGCCUAUGCCUUGCAAGGUGGUGUUUGUGAGCUGGUGUAGAAGCUUUUGGGAUUGUGGACUAGUGGCAUUAGACGAUGUAUCAGUGAGUUUAGGAAGCUGUCAUGCUGCUGAUAUAUUGCCUGCUUUUCCUGGAGAAUGUACUUUUGAACAAAAUGAGUGUGCAUUUACUCAGCAAAAGAGAAACCGGAGUGGCUGGCAUAGGCGAAGAGGUCAGACUCCUACAUCUUACACUGGACCGAAAGGAGACCACACUACUGGGGUAGGAUAUUAUAUGUAUAUAGAGGCAUCUCACAUGAUCUAUGGACAGAAAGCACGGCUUAUUUCAAGGUUACUACGACGGACCUUCGGACAUCAGUGUCUUAUAUUUUUUUAUCACAUGUACGGAGCUGGGACUGGGCUAUUAAAUAUUUAUGUGAAGGAGAAUGGAGCUAAGGAUGAAACCCUUAUCUGGAGAAGGCGAGGUGAACAAAGCGUCACAUGGUUACGAGGCCUAAUAGAAUAUACAUGUGAUAAAUCUCAUCAGAUUAUAGUUGAAGCAAUUCGUGGAGUAUCAAUAAGAAGUGACAUUGCUAUAGAUGACAUUUUGUUUCAGCCAGGACCUUGUAAAGAAAUGGGAGAAACCACCUUACAAUCUUCUGGAUUUUCUGCUGAUUUUAAUGAAAUUGAAUACUGAGCUCUGCAGAAGCACCACCUUGCUUAGGUACAGGAGAAACUGCACAGCUUCCCCCCAUCCAAAGUAAUAAGUACUGGACUAUUUUCUUAAGGCAUGGGAAGAAUUCAACAAAGACUGAACUUUGAUGACCUUAGUAAUAGAGUUACUGACUCAGGGCUUCCCUCACUUUAUUUUUGUUGUAUUUUAUUUUGCAUGUGACAUCAGUUAAUCUAAAGGGCUAUUCAUUUUGCACAGUGUGCAGUAAUAGACAUUAAUGCUUUUUAAAAAAUAAAUAUUUUUAAGCACAUAAUUACAAAAAGUAAAAUGGACACAAUCUGUCAUUGUGUUAACUAAAUCUGCAUUCAGUGAAUGUUUUGUCUUGGGCAAAUAAUGGAUUUAGUUUAAGAAUUUUAAAAUAAUUAAGAAAAUAUUAUUGAAGACUAGUAAUAUUCUGUAGACUGAAACCGUUUCAGCUGUUGUUCAGGAAAACCAAUCUCUUCAGGAAUCCCUUGGUUGUAAUGCAUUAAAUGUCCCAUAUAAAUGAUUAUUUUUUGCUAUUGCUUGUCAGCAAUUAUUGAAAUGAGUAUAUUCAUCAUCCCAGCAACUAACAGAUGAACCUCUAUAAGUGUUCUGUAAAAAGUGUAAUUAUGAUACAUCAGCACUGACCAGCAUACAUUGUAGGAAGCUCAGUUUGGAAUGCAGUUUUUUUUUAAAAAAAUAUAUCAGUGGACUUGCACAGAAUGGUCUUUAUAUCAUACUUUAUCACAAAUGAUUUGCAUUCCUGUCAGAUAUAGAUGCCACACAUUUGAUUGUUGAAUAUUUUAUAAAUAUGUAUGGAUUGUAUUUUGUAUAUGUAUGUGUGUGCACAUGUAUACAUCCUUUUCUAACAUUUUGAACCAUCUAAUAAAAUGUAAUUUUAAGUAACUUCUCCAGAUCCAAUUAAAGGUUACCAGAAAUGCCUUUCAUCAGCUUUGAUUAGUGUACCAAUAGCUUCCUUCCUCAGGAGAAGGUGAUCAUGCCAGCAUCAUCCAUGUAGUAAUGACGUGCAGAUCAAACUACUUCAGGCUUCCUUUGAAAAGCAUUUGGAAAAAACAGAUGAUCCAGAAUGUGGCGGACAGUAUAGAAACUUGCAUUUUUGGAAAUGAACACUUCUGCUUUAAAAACUUCACCAGCUCCUAGCUAGCUUGCAGGUGCAGUUAAAACUCUUGGUGCUGAUCUUUAAAGGCUCAAAAGAUUUGGAAACAGUAUACCUGAAAGACUUCUUCUUCCAACAAGGCUAUCCAUGUUCCAAGAUUAUCAUUGGAGGCUCUCCUCAGAGUACUCUGCUGUCAGAAGUGAGGCAAGUGGCGAACAGGGACGGGGCCUUUUCUGUGGUGGCACCUAAGUUUUAGAAUAUCCUCACCACAAAAGCCUGCCUGGCCCUUUUCCUCCUUUUUUUUAGGUGGCAAGUAAAGAUAAAUUGGUUUAGAAGUGUCUUUUAAAGAGAAGGAUGAUAAAUGGCUGCAGGAAACUCUUUGCUGUUUGGAAUUCUGUAUUUUUAAUGGAUACUUUAUUGUUUGCAGUUUUGAUGACUUCAUUUUUAUUUCUUGGAAUGGUUUUUAUUAGCUGCCUUGAGUACUUCUGAAUGAAAACAUGGGUUUUUUUAAAAAUAAAAUA